UUCUCGCUCGAGGACAUUAGCCUACAAAUCAUCACAGACAACACAGCUACAGAAGUUUGCGAAAGUAGGUCAUUACCGCCCUUUGUAAAACACAUGCUAGACAGGAUUGAGUGAGACAUGACGUUUCAGCAGACGUAGACACUGAGUUCAACCCCAACACCAAGACGGCACACAAUGUUCAAGCAAGUUGGAAUAGCGCUACUGGCUGUCCUUCUCUACUAUGGUGUCAAGAUUUUCCUGUUUAUGGAUUACCAAGUCCAUUACAAGAAACAUCACCCAGGACAAUGCAGGCCCGUGGAAGGUCAAGAUUUUGGUUCAGAGGACUUCCAGGUCACUGAAGAAGGCUUAGCUUUCAUCACUUCCGGUUUCAACUGGAAUGUAUCCUCCUCCUCGUACAAAGAGUUCCUAAAGGAGAAGAACAUAAAAGGUAAAAUUUUGUUGUUUGACUUGAAGAAUCCCGAGCAAGGAGCAGUCGUGUUGAAGAUAAGACCCACUGACCAGUUUAACGUCUACACGUUCGGACCUCACGGCAUCAGUGUCUUGGAGGACAAAGUAAAAGGUCAACAUAUUCUGUACGUUGUGAACCAUCAAGUGUCCGCCCCGGACAGGGUCGAGAAGUUCAGGUACGACCCAACAACCAAAGAGCUUGUCCACUUGAAGUAUUUCACCAGUGACUUGUUUCGCUUGACCAAUGACCUAGCUGUGGUGGAAGAGGAUCAGUUUUACAUUUCCAACUACAUGUACUUCAAAGUACCAGCGCUGAAUAUUUUGGAGUCACUAUUACCCUUGCCUCUAGGUUCCGUUGUGUUCUACAACGGCACUGGCUUUGAGACUGUGAUCCCUCAGUUGACAGGACCCAACGGAAUAACACUCUCGAAGGAUCAGAGGUACCUGUAUGUGAACUUUCCUCUCCUAAAGCGAGUUGGUGUUUGGGAAAGAAAGGAAGACAAACGCCUAGUACCGGUACAGAUGUUAAAUCUUAGAUCCGCCAUUGACAACUCACAUCUGAGUUCCAGCGGGCAAGGUUUAUUUCUCGGAGCUCAUCCGAUUGUUCACAAAGUCUUUGAUCACUUGGAAGAACCCAAAAAUAUAGCGCCAUCUUCUGUUCUGUACGUCCCACUGAUGCCUGAUGGGAAGAUGGCUGCAGAGGACGAAGUCAUUGAACUGUUCUACGAUCAUGGCGAUCUGAUCACAGGUUCUACCAUAGCCACCGUGUACAACAACAAACUACUGAUUGGCUCAAUAAUUCACAAGUUGGUCAUCUGUGAGUUGAAUGGUCAGGUUUUACCUGACGGAGUCUAAUACAGUUGACUCUCGAUAGUCCGACACUAAAUCCGACGCGGCGCCCAAGUAAAUUCAUGUAAUUAAAUGAAACUGUAGUACGUAUAUUUUAGAAUGUAGCUAGACUAAAAUUGUAAUGGAAUGCAGAAUGUGGAAGUUGAAACAUAUUUUCGUAUUUUUUCAGAUCAAUAAAUUCUUGUUCGUCUAUUAUUUAUUUUAUACUGUUCUAAGUUUAAGAGAAUAUAGUAUCACACAAUAAUUUGUACUUUUUAUACAUACACGGAAGUACACAUAACCCUCGAUAAUCCGACACUUCUAUAUAACAGUAGAUGGACUUUCAAGAGUCAACUGUACCUGACUACUCAUAGUAGGCUACUAGAAUUCUUUUUUUGUGUGUGUGUGUGUUCAAAGGGAGAAAAAAUAGAAAAGAAACUAUAAAAUUGUUACACCUGAAUACUUGUAUAACUUGUAUUAUAAACUAUUAAUGGAAACCUCACAGAAGACAUGUAAUGUGAUCAUCAUACAUUUGCAUUCAUAUUUUUAAAAUUUGCAUUUAUCUUAAUACCUAAAUUAUUAUGUAUUCGUUUUUUUAAAUAUAAUUUGACUAUUAAAUAAUUUAGAAGUAUAAAAAUGUUUAUUUCUAGGACGCUUCAAUUUUCACAAAAGCAUUCAAAAUUCAUAGUAUGUGCAAAUCCUAAA